AUGAAUCCAGAAGAUACGUAUUGCGCAGUGCAAGAUCGAUAUGCAAGCGUUGCGAGCCAGACCAGCCCAAAUCCCCACAAAGCAUACGAGCGUAAGGUUGCCACCGCGUUUGGGUAUGCACCGGAAGACCUGCUUUCCAUCCCGGAGCGAGCCAACCUCGGCGUCAGUUGCGGGAACCCCGUGGCCAUGGCAAGCAUACAAACAGGCGAGACCGUUGUGGAUCUGGGUAGCGGCGGGGGCAUUGACGUGUUGCUGGCCGCGAAGAAGGUCGGCUUGGAAGGCAAGGCUAUCGGGGUUGACAUGACCACGGACAUGAUAGAGCUAGGGCGAAACAAUGCGACAAGAGCCGGCGCAGCCAAUGUUUCCUUCGUCGAGGCCCGCAUCACGUCGAUUCCGCUAUCCUCAGCCACCGUGGAUUGUAUCCUGAGCAACUGUGUUGUGAAUCUGGUGCCUGAGACCGAGAAACCGCUGGUCUUCCGGGAAAUGUUCCGACUGCUGAAGCCGAGCGGUCGCGUGGCGAUCAGUGAUAUCCUGGCUAAGCGCGAGCUGCCGAUGGAGAUCAAGACAGAUCUCUCCUUGUAUGUUGGCUGUGUGGCGGGUGCAAGCCAAGUGAGGGAUUAUGAAAAGUGGUUACGGGCCGCCGGUUUUGAAGAUAUAGUAAUUGUCAACACCAAUAACGAUCUGAACAUUUACAAGGAGCUGUAUCAGGGCCAAGAGACUCAGGGACUUGGCCCCCGCGGCUCUUGCUGUGACCCCACCAUGCAAGGUGCCACUGGACAGUCAAAGGCAACCGUGAACGUGGACUUUAAUUACUGGACUGGCUCCUUCACGAUCUUCGCCGUGAAGCCAGAUAAAACCAGUGCAUAA